AAUAUGAAUGAAAAUUUCACAGUAUCAACAGACUUUUUGAUUUUGGCCUUAACAGACCUGCCAGACCUAAAAGUGUUUCUGUUUUGUAUCCUCCUUCUCAUCUACGUUCUAACAUUUACAGGUAACCUAGCCAUGAUUGUAGUUUCACAGAUCGAUAAAGGCCUUCACAGGCCAAUGUAUUUCUUUUUGGGUAAUUUAGCUUUCCUGGACAUCUGCUAUACAUCAACCACCAUGCCCAAAAUGUUGCAGAUUCUUUUAGUGAAGAAAAAAACGAUUUCAUUUGUUGGCUGUAUAACUCAGCUGUAUUUCUUUUUAGCAUUUGUAGGCACUGAGUGUGUUCUUCUUGCAAUUAUGUCUUAUGACAGAUUUUUAGCUAUUUGUAACCCCCUUAGGUACAAGGUUAUAAUGAAUCACAACGUUUGUGUCAACUUAGCUUCUGCAUCUUGGUUGAGUGGCCUUGUAAACUCUAUAGUUCAUACUGUUUCAACUUUCAGCCUUCACUUUUGUGGAAUUAGGAAGAUCAAUUAUUUUUUUUGUGACAUCCCACCACUUCUUUCGCUUUCUUGUGAUAAUACAUCAAUAAAUGAGGCCUUGUUGCUCUCCAUUGGUGUUUUCAUUGGGUGGAUACCCUUCCUUAGCAUUAUCGUCUCAUACAUAUUUAUCAUUGUGACUAUAAUAAAGAUUAGGUCUAAUAAAGGAAGACAGAAAGCAUUUUCAACUUGUGCUUCUCAUCUUACUGUAGUCAUCCUGUACUAUGGAAGUUCUAUUUCCAACUACGUGAGACCGAUUUCAACAUACUCCUUAGGCAAGGACAAAAUGAUUUCAGUCUUGUAUAGUGUGGUGACACCAAUGUUGAAUCCAAUUAUUUAUACUUUAAAGAACCAUGAUUUUAAAAAUGCAAUCACUCGACAAUUAACUUAUAAAGGUAAAUUAUAA